GCAGCGCAGUUUGUCUUCUCUCCUGCCUGCGCUCGCAUUCAGGGGGAGCUGGUGGUGGCUGAUGCUCCCGCAGGCUGCAUGGGUUCUGAAAUCUCCUUCCUGCCCGACUUCGGGAUCUUCACCAUGGGCAUGUGGUCCGUUGGUCUUGGAGCCAUUGGUGCAGCUGUGACAGGGAUCGUCCUUGCUAACACUGACAUAUUUUUGUCCAAGCCAGAAAAGGCUACGCUGGAGUUUUUAGAGGAGAUAGAGCUAAAAACUUUGGGAUCAGAACAAAGAACAUUCAAAGCAGGUGAACUAUGGAAGAAGAAUGGUGCAGUGAUCAUGGCUGUGCGAAGACCUGGAUGAUUUUUGUGCAGAGAGGAGGCUUCUGAGCUUUCCUCUCUGAAACCUCAGCUGUCCAAGCUGGGUGUCCCUCUCUAUGCUGUUGUGAAAGAGAAGAUUGGGACUGAAGUGGAGGAUUUUCAGCAUUAUUUCAAAGGAGAAAUCUUUCUGGAUGAAAAGAAGGGCUUCUAUGGUCCACGCAGAAGAAAAAUGAUGAUGUCAGGCUUCUUCCGCUUUGGAGUCUGGCAAAAUUUCUAUCGUGCUUGGAAAAGUGGAUAUAGUGGUAACCUGGAAGGAGAAGGAUUCACCCUGGGAGGAGUAUAUGUGAUUGGGGCAGGAAGACAGGGUGUUUUACUGGAGCAUCGUGAGAAAGAAUUUGGAGACAAAGUCAGCCUUCCAUCUGUCCUUGAAGCUGCUGAGAAGAUAAAACCACAAGCUUUGUAAGCGGAAAAAUAGUUGCACAUGUUUCUGAUCACAGCUUGAAAUGUAUAAUGCAUCUGUUUCUUGAACGUGCAGUUUAAUUGCUUCUUAACUAUUUAGUGAUCACCGCAGAGGAAAGAUUCUCUAUUCAAACAUAGAAAAUGAUGGAAAUCCUCCUGGAUCUUUUUUUGUUGCUUUGCAGCCUUUCAGGUGGUCAGGAUUUCAACUGCUCUUUUGUGUCUGACUGUAUUAAUGAAAGGCUGGGUCUAAAACCUGACCUAGCCUAGAUGUUUUCAGUCAGAGACAGUCAGUUGAAAACCUGUCUACCUAGGGCAGCAAAACUCUGCUAAGGCUGGAGAAAUGGAGUACCAGCUGAGGUUGAAGGAUAAUAAAAGUUUAUGUGAGUGAAA